AUGCCAUCGGCUGUCUCCUCCACGCAGCAGCAGCAGCAGCAGCACGAACAGCAGCAGCAGCAGCAGCAGCAGCAGCAACACAAACACCAGCAGCAGCAGCAGCAGCAGCAGCAGCAGCAGCAGCAGCAGAGUUUACCAACGCCAACAAACACUUCCUCGAAGUCUGAUAAACUAAACACCGACCCUUUCCUCGUGCUGCCGCAAAUAAACUCCUUAUGCGGCUUGCUCCUGCAGCAGCAGCAGCAGCAGCAGCAGCAACAGCAGCAGCAGCAGCAGCAGCAGCAGCAGGAGGGGGAGCAGGAGGAGGAGGAGGAGCAGUGGAAACGGCGGCGGUACAGCAGCAGCAGCAGCAGCAGCACGAACAGCAGCAGCAGCAGUAGCAGCAGCAGCAACACAAACACCAGCAGCAGCAGCAGCAGCAGCAGCAGCAGCAGCAGCACGAACAGCAGCAGCAGCAGCAGAGGUUACCAACGCCAACAAACAUCUCCUCGAAGUCUGAUCCGGAUGCAUACAGCAGCACAACCACCAGCAGCAGCACCAGCAGCAGCAGCAGCAGCAGCAGCAACACAAACACCAGCACCAGCAGCAGCAGCAGCAGCAGCAGCAGCAGCAGCAGCAGCAGAGGUUACCAACGCCAACAAACAUCUCCUCGAAGUCUGA